AUGUCUAGCAAGGGCUGUUCAUCACCAUCGCCACCGAUUGUGAUACGAUCUGUGUGGGCCUAUAACCUAGAACCGGAAUUUCGCUUAAUUCAAUCCAUCAUCGACGAUUACCCUUACGUUUCAAUGGACACGGAGUUUCCGGGCGUCGUUGUUCGCCCAAACGCCGGUUACAACUACAUCUUUCAACAGACCCCUUCCGACCACUACCUCCUUCUCAAAUCUAAUGUUGAUGUCUUGAAACUUAUCCAGGUCGGUCUAACCCUCACCGAUGCGAACGGAAACCUCCCCGAUCUAGGCGAAACCGACUCCCAAACCCGUUUCAUAUGGGAGUUCAACUUCAAGGAUUUUGAUCCGUCACGGGAUCAGUACGCUUCUGACUCGAUCGAGCUGCUGAAGCGACAAGGGAUUGAUUUUCAGAAGAAUCACGACUACGGGAUAGACUCGGUCAAAUUCUCUGAGCUGAUGAUGUCGUCGGGGUUGGUCUGUAACGAGCUUGUGAGCUGGGUUACGUUUCACAGUGCUUACGAUUUCGGGUACUUGGUUAAGAUCUUGACUGGGCGAGGUUUACCCGAUGAAAUGACGUUGUUUAUGGAGCUUUUGAAAACUUUCUUUGGGGAUAAGGUGUAUGAUGUUAAGCACCUGAUGAGGUAUUGCGAAGGUCUUUAUGGUGGUUUGGAUCGGGUGGCUAAGACCCUCGAGGUGGAGAGGGCAGUCGGUAAAUCUCAUCAGGCCGGGUCAGAUAGCUUACUGACAUGGCACACCUUUCAGAAGAUUAGGGAUCUUUGCAGCGGUGGGCAUGAGAAAUAUGCUGGCGUUCUUUAUGGGUUAGAGGUUUUCUGA